AUGUCUGCACUAGUCAGCAGCAUCGAGCCAAAGGCAAGCUAUCAAUCUUUGACAGGGUUCACCCCCAUAGAACUGCUACAAGAUGCAACCUCGUCGAAUGCGUUUCAUAAUGCAGGAGAAAGACGAGAUCCCCCACGAUGCCAUCGCAAUACACGGGUCGCAAUACUGGAAAAAAUCUUGCUCUGGAUUCGUAAAUGCACCCCCUUGAAUCAAGAACGGGUGGUUUUGUGGAUAUACGGGCCAGCUGGAGCUGGGAAGUCAGCCAUAGCGCAGACUAUCGCAGACUUUUGUUUCUAUCAUAAACUGCUACUCGCAGGCUUUUUCUUCGCGAGGUCGGACCCCACGAGGAACCACUCUCGAUCACUCAUUCCGACACUAUCAUACCAAAUAGCGGAACAUUUCCCCGACGUGCGCGACUGCAUUCUCAGAAACAUAGAACUCGAUCCUCUUAUCUUCACGCGGUCUUUAGAAGCCCAACUCCACUCACUCAUACUCGAGCCACUGCGGCCUCUUGUUCAAUCAGGAUAUUUUGCAACGGAGAACUCGAGGCGCGUAAUUGUCAUUGAUGGCCUGGACGAGUGUAUAAGACGCGACGAGCAGGUACGGAUACUGGAUGCUCUCUCGUGCGCUUUACAAAACUUCAAUCUACCUCUACUAUUGCUUUUCUGCUGCCGACCAGAACAUGAUAUUCAGGCUUCCUUUCGGUCUGGAUAUUUGCACAGGAUCACUACUUCCUUGCCGUUAGAUGACGACUACCAGGCAUAUGUUGACAUUGAACGCUAUUUGUGCGACCACUUUGCGAACCUCAGACGAACACAUCCGUUUAGGGACCAUAUACCUUUAAAUUGGCCCAGUAAAGAGGUCAUUGGACAGCUGGUGGCCAAAUCCUCAGGUCAAUUCAUCUAUGCCGCUACAGUCGUGAAAUUCGUGUCGUGCCGUCGUCACCGUCCUACCAGUCAACUUGAUAUUGUUCUUGGAAUUCGUGCCGCCAACAGUGCACUGCCAUUUGCAGAGCUCGAUGCUCUAUAUAUGCACAUACUUUCCUCCCUCGAUAACCCGAAUCCUGCCCUUCAAAUCCUUGCAUUCCAGAUUCUGUCAAAAUCCAAGCAGGUGGAAAUAAUAGAUCACGUCGGACACAUGGAGAAGAUACUUUGUAUGAAUACCGGCGACGCCGACGUAGCUCUUUGUGACCUUGGCUCAAUCCUCAAAUUGACUAAUCAUGGUACCGAUACUGGGACACAAGAUAGACGUCUGCAUAUUUUUCAUGCAUCUAUUGAGGAUUUUCUUCUUGACGAGGCUCGAUCGGGAAUAUUUCACAUCGAUGCGCCUUCAAAGCAUGCCGAGUUCGCGAUUUUAUACAUGCAGCAUUUCAGCAGAACAUCUGAAGUGCUUCAAUUAGGAGGUCUCUUCUACAUCAACUCUCACAUAAAGGAAUCGCUUCCGCUACCCUCCUUGCGAGCAGAGAUUUUAAAGUUCACGGAGUCCGUUCUUGUACCCGAUAUUCCAAAGAACCGUCAGUAUCAUGCACUUUACAUCAACAACGAUCUCCUGGGGUUCCUGGAAACAAUCUUGCAAUCUAAAUUUGAGGACGCCGCAGCACUGCACGAAAGCGUUCGUGUACAGCUGAAUCUCUGCGAUGAAGAGGCAUCUUUUCUUGAUACUUUGUUCGUUGGCCUUUAA